GAAGUAUGAAUCAGUUAUGUUUACAUUAUGGUGCCAAGUUUUGGAUGGAUGAAAAAAAUCAAAGGAGCACACAGAUUUCUCCUACUUUUUCUGUAUGUUGUGUUAAUGGAAAAGUUAGAUUAUUGCCUCUGCUUAAACUACCUACAUAUUUAAUGAAUCUCUAUACUUCAUCAGAAUCUGAAGCUAAUUCUUUUCGUAAAAAUAUUAGAAGUUAUAACAGUUUAUUAGCUUGCUCAUCAUUUGGUGCUAACGUAAAUGAUGAAUUUCAGAGUAAAGGAGUAUCUAAUUUCAGCAUUUAUGGUCAAGUUUAUCAUAUUAUUGGACCAUUAUUAUCAGAAGAAGGACAAACAUCUGAAAAUUCUAAUAUAUCAAUGCUAAUUCAUAAUAAUCGUAUACAAAAUUUACAUAAUUAUAGUGUACCUACAUCAUCUGAAGUUGCAGCACUUAUGAUAGGAGAUAGACAUGAUAUUGAACCAUUAAAUCGUGAUAUUUUGCUUAAAACUCGUAGAGGAGGUUUACAAAGAAUAUCUGAACUGCAUUCCUCUUAUAAUGCCUUGCAUUAUGUAUUAUUAUUUCCAAAAGGUGAUGAUGGUUGGCAUACUAAUAUUCCUCUUACAGAACCUGAAGCAAGAAAAAGAGUAACACAAAUGCAAUUUUAUUCUUACAGAUUACAAAUUAGAAAUG